GCGAAGAAAGGGAAGCGGCGCAAGAGCAAGGUUGCAAAGGACCCGGGGGAAGUCGAGGACGCGGCGAGGGAGCCGGCGGGCCAGCAGUCGGGCAGCUUCCCGGGAGAGGGCUGGGAGGGGCCCCAGGAGCGCUCCCGGAAGAGGGCCACGAAGCGGGCAGCCAAGGGCGCCAAGCAGGUGGAGCAGGAGCGUCCGCUGGAGGAGAAGCCCAGCCGCCUGAAGAUCCCAAAUGCGGUGGGGACGCGGGAGAGCGAGAUCCUCAGACAGGCGAGGAAAAUAUCCUCGGGGAGCUGCGAAUUGAAGCAGCAAGUCCAGUUGCCCAGGGUCAGAUUCAGUAUCAGCCCCAGAGCUGCCCGCCAGUCGCUGUGGUCUGAAGCUGGCCGCGCGUCGCUCAGUGUCGUUAACGAGCUGGCGAAGAUGGGCGACCCGAACGUCCUGGAAAUGGUGCGGCAGGAAGAGGGAAGAACUGGUAGGGAAGCAGACUAUACUUUUGAUGGAAAUGAGCAGAGCCUGGGCAGCAGAGAGACCAGCUUGCUCAUCCAUGAAGAACGAACGCCUGCAAACCGAUACAAUUUGUUCCUGAAGCGACGACUUAUGUUUAGAAAAGAUAAACAAAGCAAAGAUUCUAUCUUCUUUCGAGAUGGAAUUAGGCAAAUUGAUUUUGUGCUUUCCUAUGUUGAUGAAAUAAAGAAAGACACAGACGUAAAAGCGGAAAGAAGAAAAGAGUUUGAAGAAAAUCUCAGAAAAACAGGUCUUGAGUUGGAAAUUGAAGACAAAACGAACUCUGAAGAUGGAAAAACUUAUUUUGUCAAGAUCCAUGCCCCCUGGGAGGUAUUAGCUACUUAUGCUGAAGUAUUGGGAAUCAAAAUGCCUAUUAAGGAGAGUGAUAUUCCCCGACCUGAGACAAUCCCCUUUAGCUGUAUACUUGGGCCUCUUAAGCUUCCAAGGAAUGUGAAGCAUCCUCACCCUGAAUAUUUCACUGCCCAAUUCACCAGACAUCGCCAGGAACUCUUCCUCAUUGAUGACAAGUCAAGCUUCUUCCCAUCCUCAUCAAGAAACAGAAUUGUUUAUUAUAUACUUUCACGAUGUCCCUUUAGCAUAGAAGAUGGGAAGAAAAGGUUUGGGAUUGAAAGACUGCUAAAUUCUCACACUUAUUCAUCUGCCUAUCCACUCCAUGAUGGCCAAUAUUGGAAGCCAUCAGAACCUCCUAAUCCUGUCAAUGAAAGGUACACGCUUUGCCAGAAUUGGGCUCGGUUUUCUUAUUUUUACAAGGAGCAGCCUUUAGAUUUAAUUAGGAAUUAUUAUGGGGAAAAAAUUGGCAUCUAUUUUGUCUUCCUCGGAUUUUACACAGAAAUGCUAUCCUUUGCAGCUGUAGUUGGCUUAGCUUGUUUUAUUUAUGGCUUAUUAUCAAUGCAUGGUAACUCAAGCAGCACCGAAAUCUGUGACCCUGAUAUUGGAGGUCAGAUUAUCAUGUGCCCACUCUGUGAUCAAGUGUGUGAUUAUUGGAGACUAAAUAGUACAUGUUUGGCUUCAAAGGUCUCCCAUUUAUUUGAUAAUGAGUCAACAGUGUUCUUUGCAAUAUUCAUGGGAAUUUGGGUCACAUUGUUUUUGGAGUUUUGGAAACAGCGACAAGCCAGACUGGAAUAUGAAUGGGACCUGGUGGACUUUGAAGAGGAACAGCAGCAGCAUCAGCUGAGACCUGAAUUUGAAGCUAUGUGUAAACACAGGAAAAUGAAUACAGUGACUAAGGAGAUGGAACCUCACAUGCCUCUACAUCGUCGUAUUCCAUGGUACUUUGUAUCAGGAGCCACGGUAACACUAUGGAUGGCUCUUGUCGUUUCUUGUAUGGUAGCUGUGAUUAUAUACCGCCUGUCAGUCUUUGCUACAUUUGCCAGCUUCAUGGAAAGUGAAACAUCCUUAAAGCAUGUCAAAAGUAUCCUCACUCCUCAGAUAACCACAGCACUCACUGGAUCAUGCUUGAACUUUAUUAUCAUCUUGUUCUUGAAUUUUUUUUAUGAAAAGCUGUCUGCCUGGAUUACAAAAAUGGAAAUUCCUCGAACUUACCAGGAGUAUGAAAGCAGCCUGACCUUGAAAAUGUUCCUGUUUCAGUUUGUGAAUUUUUACUCAUCCUGCUUCUACGUAGCUUUCUUUAAAGGAAAAUUUGUGGGCUAUCCUGGAAAAUACACAUAUUUAUUGAAUGUGUGGAGAAGUGAAGAGUGUGACCCUGGAGGCUGUCUCAUAGAACUGACGACCCAGCUGACCAUCAUCAUGACUGGGAAGCAGAUCUUCGGAAAUGUGAAAGAAGCCAUUUAUCCCUUGGUUCUGAAUUGGUGGAGACGCCGAAAAGCUCGGACCAAUUCUGAAAAGUUAUAUAGUCGAUGGGAACAGGAUCAUGACCUUGAAACUUUUGGAUCUCUUGGUCUAUUCUAUGAAUACUUAGAAACAGUUAUCCAGUUUGGAUUUGUUACAUUAUUUGUGGCCUCUUUUCCUUUGGCUCCUCUUCUUGCUCUCUUCAAUAAUGUUAUAGAGAUCCGAGUGGAUGCCUGGAAACUUACUACGCAGUACAGGAGACCUGUAGCUGCUAAAGCCCAUAGCAUAGGUGUUUGGCAAGACAUUCUUUAUGGAAUGGCUGUCCUUUCUGUUGCAACUAAUGCUUUUAUUGUUGCAUUUACAUCGGACAUCGUUCCCCGUUUAGUUUACUACUAUGCCUACUCAACAAAUGCUGUUAAGCCUCUGAAAGGAUAUGUAAAUAACAGUUUGUCAAUAUUCCUGAUAGCUGAUUUUCCAAACCACACAGCGCCUUCGGAAAAACGAGACUUCACCACUUGCAGGUAUAGAGAUUAUAGAUAUCCUCCUGAUCAUGAUCAUAAAUACUUUCAUAACAUGCAGUUCUGGCAUGUCCUUGCUGCAAAGAUGACCUUUAUCAUAGUUAUGGAGCAUAUUGUGUUUUUAGUUAAAUUUUUGUUGGCCUGGAUGAUCCCCGAUGUUUCAAAAGAUGUUCUGGAAAGAAUCAAACGAGAAAAGUUAAUGACUGUCAAGAUUCUCCAUGACUUUGAGCUUAACCAAUUAAAAGAGAACUUAAAAACUGAUUCUAAUGAAUUUGUCAAGGAAGUCAUGAUUCAGGAAAACAAAGUACAGCUGGCUAAAUCAACAAUCUAGUCAACGUAAUGAGUAAGCAGCUGGUUGCCUGUCUGGCUUCACAAUUUUCCCUGGGCCAGAGGCCAGAAGCUAUGUGUUCAUUUUACCUCUUCUUCUUCUUCUUUUUCUUUUUAACUCAAAGUUUUUGUACACUUUGAUAGAAGUUGGAAGAGUACCACUUGUCUGCUCCCUAGAUGUUUUUUUCUGAGAUUCUAGAAAUGAUUGUUAAAAGUGCAUGUGGAAUUACAAUAUUGGAAAAUCAUGGAAUGUUGCAGUUUAUAAUUAAACUUGGGCUAUCCCCUCACCUUCCAGGGCAUCUGCACAUUUUCAUGGUCUUCAAGUGGGUUUACAUCUCUUUCCCAUCAAGAAAAAGGUUGGGACAAAAAUAAAAGAAGUGAAGAGGCCGAAUGAGCCGUAUUCCUGCCAUUUUAGACUAUACAAAUGAAAAACCAAAAUCAAAUGACAUAAGAAAACUCACAUAUUAAAAAUAUUGGGUGAAUAUCAUGGUGAAGGUUUGUUUCUAAAAUUGUCCUGAAUAAGUUAAACUUACAUCAGAAUCCCAGGUAGUCCUUCCAGGUAAAUGCAGAACUGAUCUUUCAAGAGACUGAACGUUUGGGUUUCAACAAAAGACUAACAACUCAGUUCUUUAAAGAUAACAUUUUGGUAACAAUAGUUUUAAGACUGGAUUGUCUUAUCUGGAAAAGAGCAUUAAGUUAUUAGAUUGCUUCAGGUCUUCAAAUAAAUGAAAGAUAUUAUAGAGCAUUAAAUGUCUCUUAGUAGUUAAGGAAUGCAAGACAAUGCAUAUUGAUUAAUUUAUUUACCUUAAUAUAAAAAAUCUUUAAAUUAUUUUUUAAAAUUAUUUGUCUUCUACAGUGCCUAUUGUGCAUCAUGAAACCUGUUAAUAGCAUUAGCUAUUUGUAUAAGUUAGGUACAAAUUGUUUAUGAAAUUCAAUCUUUUUGUUUAAAGCAAUCUCACAUCUUUUAAUGAGCUUAUAAUCCUCUUACUGAUUCAUCUCUUCAUUCAAUACUCAGUGCCUUGUCUCUAUGCCUUUGACACACAAGUGGUGUUGUUGGCUGUUGAUUUGAUGUGAUGUAACAUCUCAAAUGAUUUAGAGAAAUUGUCAAUUUAACAUCAAGCACAGAAUGUAACACCAAAAGUGAAUCGACUAAAUAAGUGUGAGGUGAUGGAUUUGCUAGCUAAGUGGAAAAAAAAAAUUGUUGAAUUAUUUCUUUCAUACUUAGGCCUAUGGCACAUGUAUACUAGUUCUUGUUCUUUCUCUUAAAAAAAAUGUUUCAUAUAUAUUUUUAACACUAUAAAGAGAUGUAGUUCUAUUAUAUAUUAUUUGAAUCUGUAGUUUUAAAUUACACUUCAGUUCCAAGGAAUAGUGUUUUUUAGUUGUGCAUGAAAGAAGAAACUUUACCACAAAUAUUUUUUUUAAAGUAGCAUUUCAUUAUUUGAUGCUAAUAUGUUACUGUGGAAUUGCCAGUAUUAAGUAUAUGGCAGGUGGUAUCAAUUAAUAAUCAAUACGAAGCACUUAGAACUAAGGAUCAAGAAUAUUAUAAAACCAUGAAACAGUUUCCCCAAUAUUGGCAGUAAUAAUUUGUAAUCCACUGGGUAGAUCUUAUGAACAUUUGUGUAUAAUUUGAAAUGAUCUUAUUAUUUAAGCAUGAUUUCACAUGGGGAGGAGAUAUAUAUAUUUUUGGGGGGAAAAACUAGUCAGCAUUACUAUGAAAUAAGCCACAGAUGCAGUAUUUUUGGAUUGUUAAACUCAAAUUCUGUGUUAGUAAAAUGUUGUUCAUUGUGCACAGCUCAUAUUGCUUCCUUCCUGGGUGCUAAUAAAAAUAAGAGUGUGGAAAUUGGUUUCUUAUAGCUUUUAAUUUUUAUGGCCUACCAGUAUUUAUAGAGAUAGAUUUUAAGAAAGUAAAGACAUAUUUAUGUCACAGUUGUCUGUACACGUCAAUCUUAAACCAACUCAAGUGUUGGAUUUCUAGGAUGUAUGAAAAACAAGGAGGAAAUUGUUUUAAGAUCAGUUAACAGUCCCCAUGACUGGUAGAUGUUUUCCUUUUAAUAUAUCAAUAAAUAUUUUGUAUUCAUGUUUCAA